AUGGCGACGGUGGACAACAGAGAAGCGGGUCAGGAUGACCCCGAGAGUGAAGAGGAGGUGUAUGAGGUUGUGGACCUGACAGAAUACGCCCGGAGGCACCAGUGGUGGAGCCGGGUGUUCGGGAACAACUCCGGCCCGAUUGCCGAGAAGUAUUCGGUCGCUACACAGAUCAUGAUGGGAGGAGUGACUGGAUGGUGUGCUGGAUACCUGUUCCAGAGAGUUGGGAAGAUAGCUGCAACAGCUGUUGGAGGAGGCUUCCUUCUCUUACAGAUCGCCAACCACAGCGGCUACGUGCAGGUGGACUGGAAGAAGGUGGAGAAGGACGUGAACAAAGCGAAGAAGCACCUGAAGAAGAAAGCGAACAAAGCCGCCCCUGAAAUCAACACAUUCAUUGAGGAGGUAAAGGCGUCAGACUUCAUCAAGAGGAACAUUGUCCUCUCCAGUGGCUUCGUCGGCGGCUUCUUCCUCGGCCUGGCGUCCUAAAGAUCCGUUACUGUGAAUCACACCGCUGCAUACAUCACUUCCCUCUCAGCUGAUUCACCUGUUACCGCACUCAAUGGGAGAGGAGGCGGGGUUAUUACGUUGAACAUUAUAGCAUGAUCUGUAGUGCCGGUGGUGUUUACUGUGUUACAUCCCCCCCCUCCCUCCUUUCAGACUCGGACGUGGGAUUGUUUGGGGUGUUUUGGUGAAACUGUGAAGGCUUUCGGAUCCCGAAUGUUGUAAAUAUAACUCCCUUUGCAGAACUGUACAUACACACACAAGAUGGUCUUAUCUAAAGAAGACGGAGGCGGCAGACAUUCACACCCUCCUCCAGUCUGAGGACGUCGUUUUUAAAGACGAGGUAAAGAAGGUGUUAAUAUACAACACAUAUCAUGAGCUUACAUGACUGCAGAUCAUUCAUUCCCCUAACCCUCGGCUCCACGUCCCCUUUAACGACGGGACAAGCGUCCGCUGUAUCAUAACCACCAUGACGAGCUACACACCAAAACCAGACCCUGUCCUGUCGUUAAGGAGCAAAGAAACGGAGCGCCGCUGUGACUCCCUCGCUCUCGCUGUGACUCCCUCGCUCUCGCUGUCGUCAUGUAGAGUCCUCUCGAGUUGAUCACAAGUUGCUUUUUAUUAUUUGGCCUUUUGUUACCAGUGCAAUAUGUUACAGACGUGAGUUUGUUUCGGGGUUUAAAGUGCUCGUUAAGUUACACUCAUGAUCCAUCACUGUUUCAGUUUGUUGUUAUGAGAGCUGUAUGAACCGUGUUUUAAAUAAAGCUGCCUGAUUUCUUUUGA